ACUGGUAAGCAACAUAUUUUAAGAACAGGAACAGGAGUGUUAUAAUUAAAUUUGUUUGCAAAGCCAAUGUUUUUUUUUUUUUUAUUAUUUCUUUUUCGUCUUGAUCCAGCAACCACAGCCAAACUGGUAUGUUAUUUCACCAACUGGUCGCGGUACAGAACUGGUGUGGGGAAAUUCCUGCCAGAAAACAUGGACCCCUUCCUCUGUACCCACCUGGUUUACGCCUUCGCCAUCAUCAACCACGCUAAUGAGAUCAGCGAGUAUGAGUGGAAUGAGAAAAGCCUCUACAGAUCAUUCGCUGAGCUCAAGAACAGAAACCCCAAGCUGAAGACUUUACUGUCAGUCAGAGAGGAGGACGAUGGAUCUCAGUUCUCCAUCAUGGUAUCCUCACCAGCCAACCGUCAGACUUUCAUUCAGUCUACUACCAAAUUCCUGAGGACUCAUGGAUUUGAUGGUCUGGAUCUGGACUGGGAGUUCCUCGGAUCUGCUGGAAGUCCUCCAGAGGACAAGCACAGGUUCACUCUGCUCUGCAAGGUACACUGACUGACUGGACACUUUCUCCUCUAAAAUCUAUAUUUAUUCAAUUCGUGUUCUACUUUAAGGUUUUCUAGGUCUAGGUCUAGGUUUUUUCUUGUAUUUUUUUUUCAUUUUAACUUACAACCGCGAGUUAAUUCUUUCUUUUCUUCCAUUUAUUUUUGUCUCUUUUUCUUUCUUUCAGAGCAGUACAUAAAAAUACAUGUAACAACAAACACAUUGCUUACAUCAGUCAGCACAUCAGGAUAUUGCAAAUUGUUUUUAUUAUUACCAGUAAGGUACGAGUGCACUGCUCUCAGCGUCCUGUUGCUCGCGCUUGUGCUCGCUCUACAUAGACAUGAACGAGCUCGCUCAAAACAGUGAGGAGACACACGUCAGCUAAAAGCACAAUAUCA